AUGACACUUUUGAAGUACUUUAAAUGGCUCUUGGGAUCCGAAUCCCCUUUGAAAUACAUGAAAAAAGGCAUUGAGAAUCACUUCGGUGGAGCUACUUGCUCAAUCUUAUCAAGGACAUUCACGACGCGGUCGUCGUUGGUCAACUUCCUCCUCGAUUGUAAGGGAUGUUCUCCUCGGCUGCCUGUUGGCACAGAUUAUUAG